AUGUCCUCCACCACAGCUCAGGCCCAGGCCGGUAGCGGCAGCUGGUCUGCUUUCCUUAAGUCCAUUGCUUCCUUCAACGGCGAUCUCUCGUCCUUGACGGCCCCGCCCUUUAUUCUCUCCUCGCAAUCAUUAACCGAAUUCUCCUCGUACUGGUCUACGCACCCAAAUAUCCUUGUCGCCGCCGCCUCGGAAACUGAUCCUGCGAAGCGCUCCAUGCUGGUGCUCAAGUGGUUCUUCUCCACGCUCAAGCAUCAGUAUGCCAGUCGCAGCGAGCAGUUUGGCAAUGAAAAGAAACCCCUGAACCCUUUUCUGGGCGAGCUCUUCUUAGGAUCGUGGAAUGACGAAGCUGGCAAGACGACUCUCGUGUCCGAACAAGUCAGUCACCACCCGCCUGCUACCGCCUACUGUAUCCGUAACGACAAGACUGGUGUUCAGCUCGAGGGCUACAAUGCACAGAAAGCAACUUUUCACAGCACCAUCAUUGUCAAACAAAUUGGGCACGCCGUCUUGACUAUCCCCAUUGGGGUUACGAAGGAGCCUGAGCACUACCUGAUUACGCUGCCGUCUCUUCACAUUGAGGGCCUCAUUUUUGGCGCCCCAUUUGUCGAGCUUGACGGCACCAGUUAUAUAACCAGCUCUAGCGGAUUCAGCGCCAAAAUUGACUACAGCGGCAAGGGAUGGCUUUCUGGAAAGAAAAACACCGUCAUUGGCACCAUCACCCCCACCGGCAAGGUAAAGGAUGUCCUGUACAACGUGACGGGACAAUGGAAUGAGAAGCUCGAGUUCUAUUCUGGCGCGGCCAAAAAAAACUCAAAGUCUACUCUAAUCGAUGAGUACGACGCUACCAAGGCCCCGCAGACGGAGCUCCAGUUGGCGCCCAUCGAGAAGCAGCAUCCCCUUGAGUCGCGCCGUGCCUGGGCUAAGGUUGCCGCGGGCAUCCAGAGAGGCGACAUGGAUACUGUCUCGCUUGAAAAGGGCAAGAUUGAGAAUGCGCAGCGCGCCUUGCGGCACAAAGAAACGGCUGAGGAAACUGCGUGGAAGCGUCGCUACUUCACCGCUGUGGCUGUUGGCACCACCGAUCCCGUCCUGGAACAGCUCGGUGCUGUUGGUGGCGUGGCCGUUGACGGCGAACGCGACAAGACUGGCGGCCUCUGGAGAUUCGACGCUAAAAAGGCCGAGGCUGCGGAUGCCGCGAAGCUCACCGAGGAGCAAAUCAGGACACUGGAAAAGGAAGUGUUGGGUCAAUAG